ACUCACAUCCAUUUCGUCUGUUUGGAGUGUGAAAAGGACACCGAGUGACACUGUUCUAACCGUGAACUGGUUUGAAGUAGAGUCUCCUUAACGAGAGUGGUUACGCUAAUGCGACUAGUCUCCUUCAACUUCUUAAACUCUCACACCCAAACCCUUUCUUCUUCCCGGUGACGUUAACAAUGUCAGAUCCGAACCAGAUUUCGUUCGCUUUAUCCUUCUUGUGCAGCGCUUUCGCAGCUUGUUUCGCCGAGUUUUGUACCAUUCCUCUGGACACAGCUAAGGUCAGACUUCAACUACAAAAGAGGGCAGGGGUUGAUGAUGGAGUGGGUUUACCUAAAUACAAGGGCAUGCUAAGCACAAUUAAGACCAUUGCUAGAGAAGAGGGUAUAUCAGCUCUGUGGAAAGGAAUUGUUCCUGGUUUGCAUCGCCAAUGUUUAUAUGGAGGCUUAAGAAUCGGAUUAUAUGAUCCUGUCAAAACAUUUCUUGUUGGUAGUGCCUUUGUUGGAGAGGUUCCAAUAUACCAUAUGAUCCUGGCUGCUCUGCUCACUGGUGCUUUAGCAAUCACGAUUGCUAAUCCAACUGAUCUUGUUAAAGUUAGGCUUCAAUCCGAAGGUCAUCUGCCAUCUGGGGUACCUAGGCGUUAUUCUGGUGCCAUAGAUGCUUAUUUAACUAUAUUGAGACAAGAAGGAAUAGGGGCCUUGUGGACUGGGCUUGGGCCAAACAUAGCAAGGAAUGCAAUUAUAAAUGCUGCUGAAUUAGCUAGCUAUGAUAAAGUGAAACGGACGAUUUUGAAAAUUCCAGGGUUCAUGGACAAUGUCUAUACUCACCUUCUUGCUGGCUUAGGGGCAGGUCUUUUUGCUGUAUUUAUUGGUUCUCCCGUUGAUGUGGUGAAAUCCAGGAUGAUGGGGGAUUCAACCUACAAAAGCACAUUUGACUGCUUUCUCAAGACUUUGCUUAAUGAGGGAUUUUUGGCCUUCUAUAAAGGUUUCCUUCCAAAUUUUGGUCGAGUAGGAGCCUGGAAUGUGAUUAUGUUUCUUACUUUUGAACAAGCGAAAAGAUUUUUGAGAGGAUAAUUGUUACUUCAUGAUUGAUAUUGACGAAGGAAAAUUAGUGUUCUUUCUCGGUUGAGUGCUAUCAGAUGAACGGCAAAUUUAUUACAAGAAAGGUGGUCUUUCCACAUUCAUUCCCCAUUUCUUCCUUGUGGACGGACAUCAUGCUUAAAAUAUUUAGUCAAUGAAUAAACCGUCAAAUUACCUCGUAUAUGAUUGUCUCAUGCUUAUGCCAUGUGAAGGCCACAAUUCAAAGUUUCAAACAUUCUUAG